GGUCAGAGACUGCAGACAUACUAAAAGAGAUGGUCAGAGACUGCAGACACACUACGGGAGAUGGUCAGAGACUGCAGACAUACUACAGAAGACGGUCAGAGACUGCAGACAUACUACAGGAGAUGGUCAGAGACAGCAGGCAUACUACAGGAGAUGGUCAGAGAUAGCAGACAUACUACAGGAGAUGAUCAGAGACUGCAGACACGCUACAGGAGAUGGUCAGAGACUUCAGACACUACAGCAGAUGGUCAGAGACUGCAGGCAUACUAAAGGAGAUGGUCAGAGUCUGCAGACAUACUACAGGAGAUGUUCAUAGACUGCAGACAUACUAU